CAUGUACAACAACAACUAUCUUUAUCGUAGGGUCAAGAAACAGUUCAGUUAAUGUCCUUUUUUAUGCUCUUCCGGUGUGAGGAAAAUGGAGCCAUGUAUAUGAAACAAUUUUAUUUGUUCUUGCUGUGUCUGAGUGCUGAGACAACGUUGGUUAGAUCAGAAGAGACAAGUUGUUCCACGCAGUUUCCUCUCGAGUUCUACAAGAAGGAAUACGAUUUGCACCACCGUGCACCGACGCUAGACACAGACUUACCCUCGAUGCCAUUGAUAGAGCAGGGGGACUGUGGGGUGUCUGUCGACGACCAAUCACAACACGUCGUCAAUGGCAACGACGCUCCAAUGUACGCCUGGCCAUGGCAAGUUUACAUCCUGAGUGAGAAUAUCAUUUGCGGGGGUUCGAUUCUAAAUAAGGAGUGGAUCUUAACGGCUGCGCAUUGCAUUCAUCAGCAUUCGAAGCAUGAAGAAAUAUUUUAUGGAAACUCAAAUCUCCAAAGAACAAUGGAUGUGCAUUCGAUAAAGACUUUUAAGCACAAAGAUUUUGAGAAUAAAACCUUCUUGAACGAUAUCGCACUGGUAAAACUUGAAAAGCCGUUAAAUUUUUCCGACUCCGUGAAGCCGAUUUGUCUACCUGUAGGCAAUAUUUGGGACGCCUCGCCGUGUUUUGUAACCGGUUGGGGUUCGACAACACGCAAUUUAACAGCUUAUUACGAUGACGUGAUGAAUCUUCAACAGCUACGGGUCGACAUCAUGAACCAGACAUUCUGCCAAACGCUUCGAGGGUUUUUCGGGUUCGUGUACACAGACGGGAACAUCUGCAUCGAUACAGCCGGAAGUGAUGGAGUAUACAAUGGCGACUCUGGUGGACCUCUGAGCUGUUGGAAGAAUGGGAAGUACUACGUACUGGGUGUAGCAAACACGGGGGGCCCCAUGGGAUUUGAGUGGGCCUCUGACACGUUUACCGCAGUGUCGAAAUACCUCAAGUGGAUCUCCGAUAUCAUUCUCUACAACUGAAUGAAUCGGCCGUCGCUAGAAAUGUUGAUAGGAUGAUUUUUAAUGAGCAGUGUCAUAAAUAUUAUUACAGUACCAUGGUGUUAAUACUUUGUAAAAUAACACUUAUGUAAGGAUAUUAGUAAUUGAGCUUAA